AUGCAAUAUAAAAAAUCAUUAGUCGCCUCCGCUUUAGCUGCUAGUUCUUUAGCUGCCUAUGCUCCGAAAGACCCAUGGUCCACUUUAACUCCAUCAGCUACUUAUAAGGGUGGUAUAACUGAUUAUUCUUCUACUUUCGGUAUUGCUAUUGAAGCUGUGGCUACCAGUGCCUCCUCCGUCGCCUCAUCUAAAGCAAAGAGAGCUGCCUCCCAGAUAGGCGAUGGUCAAGUACAGGCUGCCACUACUACGGCUGCAGUUUCUAAGAAAUCCACUGCUGCUGCCGUAUCUCAAAUAACUGACGGUCAGGUUCAAGCUGCCAAGUCCACCGCUGCUGCCGUUUCUCAAAUAACUGACGGUCAGGUUCAAGCUGCUAAGUCAACUGCUGCUGCUGUUUCUCAAAUAACUGAUGGUCAGGUUCAAGCUGCUAAGUCAACUGCUGCUGCUGUUUCUCAAAUAACUGAUGGUCAGGUUCAAGCUGCCAAGUCCACCGCUGCUGCCGUUUCUCAAAUAACUGACGGUCAGGUUCAAGCUGCCAAGUCAACUGCUGCUGCUGUUUCUCAAAUAACUGAUGGUCAGGUUCAAGCUGCUAAGUCAACUGCUGCUGCUGUUUCUCAAAUAACUGAUGGUCAGGUUCAAGCUGCCAAGUCCACCGCUGCUGCCGUUUCUCAAAUAACUGACGGUCAGGUUCAAGCUGCUAAGUCAACUGCUGCUGCUGUUUCUCAAAUAACUGAUGGUCAGGUUCAAGCUGCCAAGUCCACCGCUGCUGCCGUUUCUCAAAUAACUGACGGUCAGGUUCAAGCUGCCAAGUCCACCGCUGCUGCUGUUUCUCAAAUAACUGAUGGUCAGGUUCAAGCCGCUAAGUCAACUGCUGCUGCUGCCUCUCAGAUUUCCGAUGGUCAAGUCCAGGCCACUACCUCUACUAAAGCUGCUGCCUCUCAGAUUACUGAUGGUCAGAUACAAGCUUCUAAAACUACCAAUGGAGCUAGUCAAGUAAGUGAUGGCCAAGUUCAGGCCACUGGUGAGGUAAAAGACGCUAAUGAUCCAGUCGAUGUCGUUUCUUGUAAUAACAAUAGUACCUUGUCAAUGAGCUUAAGCAAGGGUAUCUUAACCGAUAGGAAGGGUAGAAUUGGUUCUAUUGUUGCCAACGGACAGUUCCAAUUCGAUGGUCCUCCACCACAAGCUGGUGCUAUCUAUGCUGCUGGUUGGUCCAUCACUCCAGAAGGUAACUUGGCCCUUGGUGAUCAAGACACCUUUUACCAAUGUUUGUCUGGUGACUUCUAUAACUUGUACAAUAAGCACAUUGGUUCGCAAUGCCAUGAAGUUUAUUUGCAAGCUAUAGAUCUAAUUGACUGUUAA